AUGGCCCAGUCCACCACUCCUGGCUUCGACAAAGCCUUUGCCCAAACACUUUGCGAUCUCCAAGUCCCCAAAGUCCUCAAAUUCUCCCCAAACGGCCGACAACUCUUGUACUCCACCAGUCUCAUCGGUGGCCACCGCAAAAGCAAAAACGCCCUGUCAACGCUCUGGAUCGCAUCAUCCUCUGAACCAAACUCAUCUCGCCAACUAACAUCUGGUCUCUUCAACGACACUUGGCCAAAAUGGCACCCUGACGGAAACAGAGUAGCGUUUCUGUCAGAUCGUGCCAAAGUUGGUGAAUCUUCGGCGAUUUGGAUGUUGAGAUUGGAUGGUGGUGAUGCGGUGCUUAUAACUGAUGCUGAGAAUGUGGAGGAUAUUGAGACUUUUUUGUUUUCGCCUGAUGGGAGGAUUAUUGCGUAUGUUUCAUCGGAUGAGAAAUCGGAGGAUGAGAAGGAGAAGAGUGAGAAGGAUGAGCCUGAUCCUGAAGUCUGGGGCGAGAAAUGGGCUUUUGCGCGAUUAAGACUCGUUGAUGUGGAAUCUCACGAGACAAAGGUUCUCGUGGGUGGGGAUAAGCACGUUGGUGAAUUUUCUUGGAGUCCCGAUGGCAAAAGGAUUGCUUUUAUGAGUCAGGAGAGCCCUCAUAUCGAAGAGGCGAUGUUGACUGGGACGACUAUCUCAACCGUCGAUGUCGAGAAUGGCAAGGUCACCGAGCUUUGCAAGGUCAUCAACGAGCCGUAUGAUCUUACCUGGGCACCAGAUGGGCAGGUUUACUUCAUCACAGGUGUACCUGCUGAUAAAGAUACGGGAGGAAGAGCGGUUUACAAGACUGAUCCCAAGGCCGAUACUCGCGGUUUCGUCAGGGUUGCAUGUGGUGUUGAUGAUGAUGCUGGAGGGCUUCAUGUAGUUGGUGGCAAGGUCCUUGUAAAACGUCAGGUUAGGUUUGUCGAUGUUAUCAGUGAGCUGGGAGGCGAUGAUCUUUUUGAUGAGCAGAAGGAGUUUUGGGUUUAUGAUGUCUUCAUCAACCCAGAGACUGGUGCUUCAACUCUUGCAGCGAGUUUGUCAGAUGUUGGUACGCCAUACGACAUCUUCGUCAUCGAGUCAGGAAAGGAGAAGAUCAAAAUCUCCAACCAUGGAAAACCACUUGCAGACAGAUCCCUCGGCUCAAGCACAGUCCUCACCUGUCGCUCCACCGACGAUGAAGUCGAACUCGACGGCCUUUACUUCACUCCAUCAUCCAAAGCAAACUCCGACAAAAGGCCAACUGAACCCCUCCCAACAUUCGUCCUCAUCCACGGCGGCCCAACAUCUCGCGACACUGAUACCUUCGACACAACUUGUUUCAACUGGGCCCCAUACAUCCUCUCAAAAGGCUACGGCAUUCUCCUCCCUCAAUAUCGUGGCUCAAGUGGCCGCGGUGAGAAAUUCGCUUCGUAUAGUAUGGGUGGACAGGGGAAGUAUGACUACGCUGAUGUUGUGGCUAUCACCGAUAAUGCUAUCAAGAAGGGUUUUGCAGACCCCAAGAAGCUGAUUGUUGGAGGUUGGAGUCAAGGUGGUCUUUUGACGUAUCUGUGUAGCGUGCGCAAUGGUCUUCAUGGUCUGGGGUGGCGUUUCAAUGCAGCUAUUGCAGGAGCAGGAGUAUGCGAUAUUGAAAGUCUUGCCCUUAGCGCUGACCUCGGAUCAACGUACGAGAUCGAACUUGCGGGGGGUAAUACAAUCUGGACUCUCAACCGCGACGACACGAGAAAUCGACAGGGCAGUGCGCUUUGGGAAGUCGCCGGUGCAGUGAAGCAUACCAAAGAGACAGGGGAGAUGGUCAUCCCGCCUAUGUUGAUCUUUCACGGUGAUAAAGAUGAACGAUGUCCGUUUUCACAGGCUGAGGGGUUUAGGAGGGCGUUGAGGCACUGGGGGCUGAAGUGCGAGUUUGUCAAGUUCCCGGGGGAGGGGCAUGUGAUUGAACAGCAGAGGUUUUGGUUUGAUAUGUUCGAGAGGAUUGGGAGGUGGUGUGACACGUACAUUGGAGAUGGAGCGGAUGGGCAGGAGAUGAAGCUGCCGGAAACAAUAACUCACAUGGCAAUCAUGCCUCACCCCUUUCUUCAGACCGAGGCUGAUCACAUCGCCCCUGUCGUCCUUCCUCCCCCUAACACUACUUCUCUCACCCUAAAGGAGCGCAACCCAAUCUAUCUCCGCUCCUUUCUCCGCUAUGCCAUCGGCGCCGCCGCCACAUCCACCAACGAAGCCCUCACCCUACGCGUGAUGAAGCACGACCCCGUCCUCAACACUUACACCCUGAUCCCCAUGAAAAAAUCGCGCCUCAAGAAACACGGUGAUCUUGAAGUCGUUGUCAUCACCGCCGCGGAAAUGAAGAAGAUGCCUGAUCGCUGGGGGGGCAAGAUCACAAAGGAUACAACUACGCGCACGGUCCCGAGUUUGGCGGAGUUUCCGGGCUCGGUUCCUGAGUUUGGGGAGGUGAAGGACGUUGGGCUGGAGGUUCUGGCGUGGAGGGUUUUUGGGAGUGAAGAUAAGGUGUUUAUGGAUACGGAUGGAUUUGGUCUUCCGGGCGUGUCGGGAAUGAUUCAGGCUUGGUUCGAGCGUAUUUGA